UUGGCCGUUAAAACAAAUGUGCCCCGAAGCCCACUUUGUUUUCGAAGUAAAGACUACAUUGUUGCAAUUGCCUAAACUUCAUUCAUUACUUUAAUGCUAUUUUUAAUAACCUAUGUCACGCUUUAAUUGUCUUCAUCGCAGCCGGACCAAUCACUUAAAAACAUAACCUAAUGGACUAUGUUGCUUGACAAAUAAAAUGCAUGAAAAGCAAAAACACUAAUGUGUAGACGAUGCGCUAAUUGUGUGUAGUUAAAUUAUUGAAUUAUCUAAGGUAUAUAGCAGACAUUAUCAAGUGUGUAGGCUAUGACUUCCAUAUUAAAACAUUUUUUCUGCGUUCUCAGAAGUUCAAGGACUUGUUUUGCAUCGACGUGUAAUAGCCUAUGGUAUUUGUAACCAAUAUUUGUUUAUGUGAAAAUAGAGAAAGUAGCAACUCUAGAAGACCCAAGAAAUUAGACGCAUUACCUAUAUUUAAAAAUAAAUAAAUUGGUAUAUAUACAACUAAACUUUACGAUUGUACUUUACGUUCUGUUCCUGUGGCCAGUUUUAAAGUUAAAUACUUAAGGAAGCGCUGCUUACAGUGAAAUGCAAGAGGUUGUUUUCAUAUUUGCCACACCGUUAAACAGGAAGUUUAAUGUGAAAGAUAGAUCGACUUUUAAAUAGACUUGAUAAUAUACUUUUUUUUAAAUGUAAUUGUCUAUAAUCUGAGAUCCACUCGUAUUUUGCCCAUUUUAGGAAAAUUACCGAACUCUGCGCCACAUUAAUCUGUGAAAACAUUCUCAAAUAGAAUACACAUGUAUAGUCGUGAGUUUAGCCCAUUUUUUACUAAUGCUAAUUUUCUUGUGCACAGAAUUUGUCACUUUUUCAGUGCCAGUUCUAACCAGUUUUGCCUGUUCAUUUUCAUCAUUAGUCGAUGCUUUCUUUGUGGGCGUCUUUAAUGAAAAGGGGAGAACAAUUCACCAACCAAGGAAAGUUAGCCUAUAUCAUCAGAACCGGUGCCAAUAAACGACAACCAGCAGUCUGCUCGCCUUUUCUUUAAUGUGGUCUGCAAAUUUACAAACAAGAAAUAGAAAUUGUUUUGGUGCGUAAAAAAUAAAUAAAACAAUCCUGCUGGGAAAUAGGCACUUUACGCACACUGUAACGUAGCCAGCAUAUUAUUUCCCUUUAAAUAAAAAAAUACGUGUUAUUUUAUGAUAAUUUCUUAUAACUAUCGGAUAAUAAUGUCGAUAUUACAUUUAGAAAUACAGUAUGUGCUAAAUGUUUGAGUUAAAAAGCGUGAGGCGCCGGGUUUCGCGCAGGCGCGAUCGUGCUGGAGCCACCUUAAGAAAUGUGCGUGCGCUUAGUGUCAUGUGACAUAAUUCCUGGAAAGUUCUUGGAAAUCGGCCUUUUGCUUUGUGUACACCAGUGUUUCUUAGGGAUUAAGUUAUUAAACACACGCACACACACACACGUACACCCACACACACCAGAGCAGUGCUGCAGUUGGCGAAAUAAACGUCGGUGUUGGUCCCCAUUUUAAAUGGGUUUUGAAAUUCUCUCAUUGAAGCAUUCAGAACGAUGGCUAGGCGCUUGGCAUUGCUCUUUCUAAAUUCAGUGAGGUGAAGACAAAGGAUCUGUCGGACUGUGUUGGUACACUCGGCAUGUCGUCCAGCGCGCUUGCCAAUUUAUGGGACAUAAUCGUCUUCAUGGAUUUUUUUCUGAUUCAUCAAUUUUUUGAGGUGGACGUUUUUGUGAGAUGUCGCACAGUAGCCGCAGGUGUCAAUGCCGUAUAAAGGAAAUCAAAAGACCAAUGUCUUCUCGUGUCGAGCUUUCCUAGUUUAACGUUACUGCUUCCAGGUGAAAGAAUCGGGAGGGGGGAAGGGGAAAUGUGCAAGGGGAAUACAUAACCAUUUUCAAAUAUCCAACUUGUGUUUGCCCAUUGUGAAGGAUAACGAGUAUUCGGCUACAGCUGUAUUUGUUGGAUGAGUAUCGCGGAGUUCUCCAAUGACCUGCCAUUCCACCGACUCCACGGAAACCACCCAGAAUGACCGCAGAUCGGAAACCGAACCCCGAGUGGCAGAUUCCGAUCAGAGUCGAGUCGCCGCGGCCAUGAGAGACCUCAAAAAGACAGGGUGGUAUUGGGGCAGCCUGACGGCCAAUGAAGCCAAAGAGAUCCUGCAGGACGCGGCGGAGGGCACGUUCCUGAUCCGCGACAGCUCCCAGAGAGACUACCUGUUCACCAUCUCCGCCAUGACGGCCGCGGGGCCCACCAACCUGCGCAUCGAGUUCCGCGAGGGCAAGUUCAAGCUGGACUCGGUGCUGCUGGUGCGGCCCAAACUGAAGCAGUUCGACAGCGUGGUGCACCUGGUGGAGCACUACGUGCUCCUGUCGAGGACGUCCUGCAGGGGGGGCGCGGAGACGCCCCUGGCCCCGCCCGCGGGCGCGGUGCAGCUGCUCCUGACCACGCCCGCGUACGCGGCCACGCCCUCCCUGCAGCACCUGUGCCGCGUUUCCAUCAACAGGGCGACCAGUCGGGUGCAGGACCUGCCCCUGCCCAACCGGCUGAAGGAGUACCUGACGGACUACACCUAUCACGUGUGACUUUCUCAGGCUCCGCCUCCCCCUGCAGUGUCAUGUGCCAGUGUUGGACAUCACAGUGUCAGUCACAUCACAUCACAGUGACAUCACAGUGACAUCACAGUUACACCACAGUCACAUCACACUGACAUCACAGUCACGUCACAGUGACAGUAAAAAACUUGGCUGGGCUUUUUUUUCUUUUCUUUUUUGUACUGCAAGCAUGCAAGGGUCAAUAUUUUUCAGUUGGUUUUAUAAUGGUGCAAAGUGCACUCAUAAAAUGAACUGCAAGCAAUAUUUAAAACUUUUUUUUAAUUUUUAUUCUCUCUUCCUAUCUGGCCGUAACAGAUUUCUUCCAAGUUCAAAAUAUGUACAGUAAAUCUAAAGACUUAAUUGUUUCAUAGAUAUGGUUGAUUCCGUAUUCUCUACCCCACUGUUGUUUUGCAAAGCAGGUAACCAGUCAUUGUUGGGAACAGUCAGUGGUCCUACCCUAUGAUGUUUUGUUUGAUACACCAAAUAUAAUGUGUUAAUUGGCUGUGACAAAGUUCCCAUCAUCCUUUUCACUAUUGCAGCAUGUGAAUGUGCAAAAACAUCCAGUGGUUGAAGAAGCAGCUGAUUGGCUAAAAAUGACUGUACAUUUCAAUUGGAGCAAAGCCUAAUUCUUGAUUCUGUUCAGUGCACGUCAUCUUUGUAUUUAAUGAACAUUAAGUCUUUUGAUUCUGUUUUCUACGGAUCUAAAACAAGUGCAAGUCUGCCAGCUGCAUGCUUACGACCUAAUGUAUAUUUAACUCGAUUUUAAUGUGAGGUUCACUGGAUGAUCCUUUUAUCAGGAAAGAAAAGAACAGUGAAUUUCACCAUGACCACCUGACCUUGUGUGUUUGCCUGUAUUUAUUUAAAGGUAUCUCAUUGGUUGUUUUUUAAUGUUUUUUUUUUUUUACAUUUUGACUUCAAGGAUGUUUUAAUGCUGGAGGGAGGUGCUGUGUCUUACUCCAAGCCUCUGUCCCUUUUCUGAUUCAGGAAUGAUCUUCAGGAAAGAUGACUGUUCCUCUGUCAUCACGGCUUCAUGGUCUCUAAAUCCUCAGGGUUUUUUUAAGGAGGGGGUUUGCUGAUCGGCACUGGAACCGGUACUUUCCCCCCCAACCCCUGACCCCUGACCUCAUUGAACAGCUGCAUCCACAGCCAUAGUGAGGCAAUUAAACCACAAUGGGGCGCUACAGCAGACGGGCAAAAGGCCAAGCGAAUGGCAGCAGUCCCUGCCAAUGGGGCCAGAUCAGUUACUGUGGAGAGUCUGUUUGGGUUUCUGUGCGUCACCCCAAAGCAGGGUGGACCAGCCAAACCAUGCUCCUCAAAACAACCAUCCAGCCAGUUCCCAAGCCGGUGGUGGGGUUCAGACCCGGGGACCCAGCCAACCGCUCCAGCCUAAAGACCAGGGUCUCCAGCCGACAGAGUGAAAUCGUCCUCUCACAGGGAGGGAGUGACGUAGUCCUGUAGCGCCCGUGCUAACACGUAUCUCUACACUGGACCCGUUUCCAUUGUGUCAUGGUGCUGGAAAAACAAAAAUGAAUGAGAGAACAAGCGAAAUAGAAAAGCCAUUGUGCUCGCGUCCUGCCAAAACAUGCAACCGCAUUUGCGCAGAUAAUGUCUGUGGAAAGGGGGGAAUGUGGAAGCAGCCAAUGGGAAGCCUGUCUGGUAAUGAGCAAGGCAUGUCUGUGACAAACAAAGAUGGACUUCAUUAAAGAACUAUAACCAGCA